GCUGCCACUCCUUUUCCUCUUUGAUUGCGGCAGUCAGAGUGAAGUUCGGACUUUUGAUGAUUUUUAUUUUUAUUUUUUUGGGGAGAACCUCCUGGACCUUAUGUGAUAUGGUGCUAUGGUGAUAUGGUGAUAUGGUGAUAUGGUGAUAUGGUGAUAUGGUGAUAUGGUGAUAUGGUGAUAUGGUGCUAUGGUGAUACGGUGAUAUGGUGAUAUGGUGAUACGGUGAUAUGGUGACAUUUGAGUGACUACAUUAACCGUCACCAUGAACCAAUGGCUGCUCCUUUCGGUGUCUGUGGUAUUGUUGUGGAAUAUGCAAGCAACAUUAUCCCAAACACAUGAAGUCGUGUGUCCUGGUACCCAGAACGGUCUGAGCUCCACGGGUUCCCAGGAAAACCAGUACAACCUGAUCAAGGACCGCUACGCCGGCUGUGAGAUCAUCAUGGGAAACCUGGAAAUCACACAGAUUGAGAGUGACUGGGAUUUCUCUUUCCUCAAGACCAUCCGGGAGGUGACUGGCUACGUUCUCAUCGCCAUGAAUCAUUUCCAGGAAAUUCCCUUAGAGCAACUGCGGGUCAUCCGAGGAAGCAGCCUUUACGAAAGACGCUUCGCCCUCUCCAUCUUCUUCAACUAUCCAAAGGAUGGAUCCAACGGUUUACGGCAGCUGGGGCUCGCAAAUUUGACAGAGAUCUUGGAGGGCGGAGUACAGAUUAUUAAUAAUAAAUACCUCAAUUAUGGUCCGUGGAUCUACUGGCAAGACAUCAUGAGGGACAGCAACGCUCCUAUUGACAUCCGCUACAAUGGAGAGCGAGGCUCGUGUCACAAAUCUUGCGGGGCUUCCUGCUGGGGGCCGAACAAGAAGCAGUGUCAAAUCUUGACGAAGACGGUGUGUGCGCCGCAGUGCAACGGUCGAUGUUUCGGGGCCAGCCCCAGGGACUGCUGUCACAUCGAGUGUGCAGCAGGAUGCACGGGCCCCGUGGAUGUGGAUUGUUUUGCAUGUCGCCAUUUCAAUGACUCGGGAGCCUGCGUUCCUCAAUGUCCACAAGCUCUCAUCUACAACAAGCAGACCUUUCAGAUGGAGACCAACCCAAACGCCAAAUAUCAAUAUGGAUCCAUUUGUGUCUCCCAAUGCCCCACUCAUUUCGUGGUGGACGGUAGCUCCUGUGUGAGCGUCUGUCCUCCAGACAAGAUGGAGGUGGAAAAAGAGGGACAGAGGCGCUGUGAGCCUUGCAGUGGACUCUGCCCAAAAGUAUGUGAAGGCACGGGUGCAGAACACAGGCAGACCGUGGACUCCAGCAACAUCGACAGUUUCAUCAACUGCACCAAAAUCCAAGGGAGUCUCCACUUUCUGGUCACGGGGAUUCUUGGGGAUGACUUUAAGAAAAUCCCACCUCUGGAUGCCAAAAAACUGGAAAUUUUCCGCACUGUCAGAGAAAUAACAGAUAUUCUAAACAUCCAGUCCUGGCCCAGGGAGCUCAGUGAUUUGUCGGUUUUUUCCAGUCUCACGACCAUCCAGGGGAGGUCACUUUAUAAGCGCUUCUCCCUGAUGGUGAUGCACAUCCCCACGCUCACCUCUCUGGGUCUGCGCUCGCUGCGAGAGAUCAGCGACGGCAGCGUGUACAUCAGCCAGAACGCCAGGUUGUGCUACCUCCACACUGUCAACUGGGCCAGGUUGCUGAGGGGCCACAGAGUCCAAGUGAACAGCAUCAACACCAACAGGCCGCUGGUGGAAUGCGUGGCGCAGGGCCACGUGUGUGACCCGCUGUGUUCCGACUCCGGUUGCUGGGGCCCCGGUCCCGACGAGUGUCUCUCCUGCAAGAACUACAGCCGAAACGGCACUUGUGUGGACAGCUGUCGUUUUUAUACCGGAUCUCCGAGGGAAUUCGCCAGUCCUGACCGAGAGUGUGUUGCCUGCCAUCCGGAGUGUAAAGCUCAGCAUGGAAAGUCCAGCUGUACUGGACCGGGUACGUAUGAAUGUGUGGCGUGUGCCAACCUCCGUGAUGGUCCAUACUGCAUGUCCUCUUGCCCGGCUGGGGUGAAUGACGGACGGAGAGGACUCAUCUUCAAAUAUCCCAACAAGGAAGGUCACUGUGAACCAUGUCACCAUAAUUGCACCCAAGGAUGCUGGGGUCCAGAACUCAGUGAUUGUCUUGAGACCGUCAGACUGGCGGCCAGCAGCGGCCACACCACAGGCAUCGCUUUAGGUGUUCCGGCUGGCUUGAUCUUCUGCCUGGUGUUGUUUUUCCUGGGUGUGCUCUACCACCGAGGCCUGGCCAUACGCCGCAAGAGAGCCAUGAGGAGGUACCUAGAGAGUGGAGAGUGUUUUGAGCCACUGGGUCCCGGGGAGAAAGGAACCCAGGUUCAUGCCCACAUCCUGAAGCCAUCAGAGCUAAAAAAGCUCAAAGUCCUCGGAUCGGGUGUUUUUGGCACCGUACACAGGGGGUUCUGGACUCCAGAAGGAGAGACAGUAAAGAUCCCCGUGGCCAUCAAGACCAUUCAGGACAACUCAGGUCGUCAGACCUUCACUGAGUUAACUAAUCACAUGCUCUUAAUGGGCAGCCUGGACCACCCCUACAUUGUUAGGAUUCUGGGAAUAUGUCCCGGGUCCAGUCUGCAGCUGGUGACUCAGCUGAGUUCACUUGGCUCCUUAUUGGAGCACAUCAAGCAGCACGGGAACAGCCUGGGCCCCCAACGCCUCCUCAACUGGUGUGUGCAGAUUGCCAAAGGUAUGUACUACCUGGAGGAACACUGCGUGGUGCACAGGAACCUGGCGGCAAAGAACAUCCUGCUGAAGAACACCUACCAAGUUCAGAUAUCUGACUACGGAGUAGCUGCUCUCCUUUAUCCUGACGACAAGAAAUUUGUCUCCACCGACAAGAAGACUCCUAUCAGAUGGAUGGCGCUGGAGAGCAUCUUGUUUGGGAGAUACACACAUCAAAGUGAUGUCUGGAGUUAUGGAGUGACAGUGUGGGAGAUGAUGUCGUUCGGUGCGGAGCCUUACGGUUCCGUGCCACCGCAGGACGUGCCGGGGCUGCUGGAGAAAGGCGAACGUCUGUCCCAACCUAACAUCUGCACCAUAGACGUCUACAUGGUCAUGGUCAAAUGUUGGAUGAUUGAUGAAAACAUCAGGCCCACCUUCAAAGAGCUGGCAAAUGACUUCACGCGCAUGGCAAGAGAUCCACCGAGGUACCUUGUCAUCAAGAUGGAAGGACAAGACGUCCAUCGCAGAGAUUCCGAGCAAGGACUGCUUGACCCAGAUUUGGUCGAUGACGCCGCGGAAGGAUUGGAGGAAGGUUUAGACACACCUCCUCUGCAACACUCUCCAUCAUGGAGCCUCUCUCGCUCCAGGAUCAACUGCCCCAGGAGCGGUGCAUCUCAAGCCGGCCCUGUUGGAUACCUACCGAUGACUCCAAGUCCUGUGGAAAGUAUUCGCCAGUUGUGGUUGCAGAAGUCCCGUCGGAGCUCUGUGAGAACAUUACCAGAAAGGUCAGAGGUCAGGGGGAGUGGUAGGGACCCAGAGCCGCAUGACGAAGGCUUUAGGACUGCAGGCGCUCCUCACAGGAUUCGUCUUGGCUCCGAAAGAGCUCAUUCCCGUGUAUCCGUCAGUCGGCACAGGAAGCUUUCAACAGCAUCAAGUCCACCCUCGUACAAGGUGUGGAUGGGAGAUGGGGAGGAAGAAGAGGAGGAGGCGGAGGAGGAGGAGGAGCUGGACCACUACGGUUACGUACUUCCUGGGUCACUCAGCACUUCUCAGAGAGCCUCCAAAGUCAACCAUUCUGGGCAGAGAACCUCGAGGUUAACAAAGAAUCAUCUGCCACUCUUGGUGAAAAAUACGCCCAUGGACUAUGAGGUCAUGAGCCACACUCGCUCCACUACAGACGUCUCCUCACAGAAUGACGGAACCUCACCGAUGCCUUCUCCAAGUGUCAAUACUCUGUUACCUGCAGAGGACAUGAUGGCCGCUGAGGACACCCUGACAGCGAUUCCGGUUGUAGACAAUCAGCAGGUAAAUGAGGACUAUGGUGGCAAGAAACACUCAGCUGAGGAACAUCAUCUCAGUAUUGACCAGCAAAUCAAAGCUAUGGAGGACUGCGCACCGGUAGCACAGCUCAAAGUCAAAUAUGAAUACAUGGACAUCAGACGCUCUGACUCCACAGAAGAGGAGGAGCUGCCGCUGGAGAGACACGAAACAUCUGCAGCGGAGCCAAAACAAACAGCUGAAGAAGAGGAGAGCCAAUUAGGCGAUGAAGGCACAAAUAAACAAGAACUACUUCAAGGGAACCAAAGUCUACACAUUCCAGGCGUGGUCACAGAUGACGGAGAGAAGGACUGUGAGGAGAUGGUUACAUUUGAAGGCACACCCGAUGGGUGGGAGCAGGCAGACUACCAGAACCUUCAAGCGAAGGGUGAGGUGGGGGGCAGCAGGUGUGCAGGGAUCGGGGGAUACAUCAAGGUGUGCGCAGGAAUGGGCGAGACCGGCGCCAGCUCAUCUUUCGACAACCCUGACUACUGGCACAGCAGACUGUUCCUCAAGCCAGAUGCCGUGCGUACCUAAUCAUGUGGCCUGGGACGUGCACGCGCCAAUGGCUGCGACUAUAAACACGUCUCUCUUUGCUUUGUUGUAUUGUUCAACAUUUAUCGUUAAGCAUCAAGAACUGGGAUGAAAGUAGCGUCUCAUGGUGUCAAUCUGGUGUCAUGGUGCAUUCAAUGGGACUAUGUAUAGCUGCAUUUUGUACAUUUCCUUAUUGCAUGAAUAACUGCCAUUAUUUUGGAAGUAUGUAAUCUUUGUUUUGGCAAUUGUUUUAUAUUGUCCU